AGAUGGGCAGAAUCGACGGCUGAGAAUAAGUGCGUUGACACAGACGGCGUUGUUUUGUUUGUUUAUCAGGAAACGAAGAUGACCAAACAAGCCCUAUCUCCCCCACGAUUACAAAACAAGAUCAAGACAAAAACAAUUCGUUCCAAAAACUGAGGCAUUGGAUCUUUAAUUAGUUGAUCGCUUCGCUCUCUCCCUCUGUUCACAUAUCUCAUCCCAAAGGUAUCUGAUUGUUUACAAUUUAUAUAGUUGAAUUCAGAUAUUAAUUUACAAUUUCUUAGAUCAGAAACGAGUUUGAAGAUCGAAAAAGGCUUUUUUCCAGAGAGAAGAACAUGGCGACGACACUAGAUGUAUCAAGAGCCGAGCUAGCUCUUGUGGUUAUGUAUUUGAACAAAGCUGAGGCUAGGGAUAAGUUAUGCAGAGCUAUACAGUAUGGUUCCAAGUUCUUGAGUGGUGGACAACCUGGUACUGCUCAAAAUGUUGACAAAUCUACCAGCUUAGCCAGAAAAGUCUUCCGUCUUUUCAAGUUUGUUAAUGACUUGCAUGGUCUUAUCAGUCCUGUGCCUAAAGGGACUCCACUUCCUCUUGUUUUACUUGGAAAGUCUAAGAACGCACUUUUAUCUACGUUCUUGUUCCUGGAUCAAAUUGUCUGGCUUGGGAGAUCAGGAAUAUAUAAGAACAAAGAACGAGCUGAGUUACUUGGACGUAUAUCUCUUUUCUGCUGGAUGGGAUCUUCUGUGUGUACAACUUUAGUCGAGAUUGGUGAGAUUGGAAGGCUUUCUUCAUCAAUGAAGAAGAUUGAAAAAGGACUCAAGAAUGGUAACAAGUAUCAAGAUGACGAGUAUCGUGCUAAGCUUAAAAAAUCAAACGAGAGGUCACUUGCUUUGAUCAAAGCAGCUAUGGACAUUGUUGUAGCAGCUGGUCUGCUUCAGUUGGCUCCAAAGAAGAUCACUCCUCGUGUCACCGGAGCUUUUGGAUUCAUCACCUCCGCCAUUUCUUGUUACCAGUUGCUUCCAACACGCCCCAAGAUCAAAACACCCUGAAGCCGAUCGAGGAAGUUGGUGUCAAGGAGAAAGUUUAUGUUGGUCUUUUUUAAGGAAAUUUGCUGCUGUUACUACCUCGUAUAAAUACAUACAUAUAUGCAGGAAGGAUGAUUUUAAUAAAUAUGUUUAUGCCUCAGAUUCUUGAUACACAAGUUUCAAUAUUGAAUUAUUAUUGUUA